AUGGCUAGUGAGAAGGGACUUGUGGAAAUCCCUAUGAUCAUGUAUGAACCUCACCGCGAACCUUACAUGCAAGAACCCUCUGCACCACCGUACUGCAGCCAGGAGGGGGGUUAUGAGUAUCCUCCUCCCCCACCUUACUCCUGUGGAGAAACAGCCACCCUUGAGCAACCAGUUUACUUGGUGUCUCAGCCUCCAAUCAUCGUAGCAGGAAUCUUCUCAAGCAAACCAACAUCCACAAUAUGCCCUUCCUGCCGUCAGCACAUCACCACCCAGGUCACCUACAGACCGGGCAGACUGUCUUACCUUCUGUGCACCAGCUUGUGUAUGGUUGGGUGCUGUUUUGGAUGCUGCUUGGUGCCUUUGCUCAUGAGGAUCUUCAAGGAUGCAGACCAUUACUGCCCAUGCUGCCAAUUUCAUAUUUAUAGAUACAAAAGACUAUAG